CGCUGACAAACUGACAUGCUUACAACCGCAAGCUACUACGCCUCUCCCAGCUCAGCCCAAGCUGGUACUCCCAUGCCUCGCCACGGCAAGCCGCAGCAGCGGCAGCCGCUGCUCCUCCCCGAUGCCGCGCCCGCGGGAGACCGCGGGGGAGACGGCGGCGGCGGUGCCAUGAGGAGGCGCAGGUUCGUCGCCUUCCUGGCCAUCUCCGUGGCCCUGGUCGCCUCCUACCACCACCUCGCGCCCGCGCCCGCGUCGCGCUACCACGCGCUCUUCCUCUCGCUAGGCUCCAACGACACCGCCGCCGCGCACCUCCGCGCGCUCACCACCCGGCCCCACGUCGCCGGGACGGAGGCCAACGCCGUCGCCGCUGAGUAUGUACGGGGUGUGCUCUCCUCCUCCUCCUUCCCCACCCGCGUCACGCCCUACUCCGUGCUGCUCUCCUACCCCAUCCACCGCUCCCUGUCCCUCUCCCUGCCGGGUCACGCGGCCGCCUUCAAUUUCGCGCUGGUCCAGGACACUUACCCCGGGGACCCCUACGUGGAGGCGUCGGCGGAGGUCAUCCCCACGUACUUCGCCUACUCCGGCUCCGGCUCCAUUGCCGCCGAGGUCGUGUACGCCAACUACGGCAACACCAAGGACUACGCGUACCUCGCCUCCCGCGGCGUCGACGUCGCCGGGAAGGUCGCGCUCGUGCGCUACGGGAACCUGCACUGCGAGGACAUGGUGCGGAACGCCCGCGCCGCGGGAGCCGCCGCCGCGAUCGUCUACACCGACGCCAAGGACUUCGGCGGCACAGGAGCGAAGGGGAAGCGGAAGUGGUUCCCCGACGAGCGCUGGUUGCCGCCGACCGGAGUGCAGGUGGGGACCCUGUACUACGGGAACGGCGACCCGACCACGCCGCUGUGGCCGUCCUGCGCGGCCGGCGAGGACUGCGAGCGGCUGAGUAAGGAGGAGCUGGACGGGAGCGCCGCGAUGCCCGGUAUCCCAGCCCUACCGGUGUCGGCAAGGGACGGGGAGACGAUCCUCAAGGCGAUGGGCGGCGAUGCGGCACCGACGGAGUGGCAGGGCGGCGAGGGCGCGCCCAUGUACAGGCUCGGACCCGGUCCUGCUGUGCUAAACCUCACGUACAUUGGAAAUGAGACAUUAGCAACCAUCGAAAAUGUCUUCGCCGUGAUCGAGGGAAAAGAAGAGCCUGAUAGAUAUGUGAUCAUUGGCAACCAUCGUGAUGCCUGGACAUUUGGAGCAGUUGAUCCCAACAGUGGAACAGCAGCUAUGCUUGAGAUCGCGGAAAGGCUGUACAAGCUAGAGAAGAAGGGAUGGAGACCUAGACGAACAAUCAUCAUGUGUAGUUGGGAUGCAGAAGAGUUUGCUCUGAUAGGGUCUACUGAAUGGGUCGAGGAUAACAUGGAUAUGCUGUCCUCAAGAGCUAUUGCUUAUUUGAAUGUGGACAUAUCAGUGUUCGGCCCUGGAGGUUUUAGCCCCCGAUCAACCCCUCAACUUGAUCAAUUGAUCAAAGAAGCAAGUCAAAUGGUGCGAGAUCCUGAUGAUCCAUCGCAGACAUUGUAUGACACUAUGAUUCGCCACCAUCCUCCGAUUGCUAGAGUGGCUGGUGCAGGAACAGACUUUGCAGCUUUUCUGCAAUAUAUUGGAGUACCUUCACUUGACAUGUCCUACGGAAUAAUGGAAGAUUACCCUGUUUACCACUCACUAUACGAUGAUUAUGUUUGGAUGGAGAGAUUCGGAGACCCAUUGUUUCACAGACAUGUAGCAUUGGCAAGUGUAUGGGGUCUGAUUGCUUUGAGGCUUGCAGAUGAUGAGAUCCUACCCUUCAACUAUGACUCUUACGCGUCAGAACUUGAGAAAUGCACGAAAGUUGUGGAAGGUGGGUGCCCAGGAUGUCCUGUCAGUUUCGCUCCUCUACACAAGUCAAUCAACCAGCUUCGGAAGGCAGCCAACAAAAUUCACAAAGAAAAGAUGAUGCUACAAGCAGAUAACUGGAGACUAAAAACGAGAGACUACACAGUAAAGGUCAGAGAUAUCAACGAUCGGUUAAUGAUGGCAGAGAGAGCCUUCAUCAACCGAGAAGGUCUCGACGGUAGGCCGUGGUACAAACAUAUGAUAUACGCAUCGUCUGACCAGGACGACUGGGGCACCAAGGCAUUUCCUGGUAUCGUCUCGGCCAUCGACAAGGCGAAUAAGCUCAACACAGCCGAAUCUUGGCAGCUCCUGCAGCACGAAAUUUACAGGGCUGCAAGGGCUGUGUCCAAGGCUUCAGCUGUCCUUGAUGGUAGGCUAACAUGAUACAUAGAUGAUUCACUGCAUUUCAUUUUGUGCAGCUUAAACACGGGAUACCAGCUCUCCAUAGCUACGACGAUAUGAUAUAGUUACAUAUGUACCUGUCAACAUAUUGAGGAACUAUCCUAAGUCAGUAUCGUAAUUAUUGGUGUUAAUAUUACCCUCAGUGAUUCUAUAGCAUACUACAAAUAAUUUGUUGUAAGAAUUUUUGCAGAUGGGUUAACCCGAUUCCCAUUGAAUAAAACGGGAAGCAUACUUGUUUAAGAGUUACGUUACUGUCUACAUUUCACUGUCGUAGCGUACCACAACAAAUUGAGCAGCGUGAAUCUGUUUUUGUAAU